UUGAGUGAGACACAUAGAUGUUCCUGUAGCACAAGUAAAUAUUCUAAAACUUGCUAAGUACUAACUUUCCUUGAUAAUAUCCUGUAACAGCAAGAGCCAUGCUGUGUAUGUGAAAGAAAUGUAUCUUCUGUUUGUUUUUUACCUUCACUGUAUUCUAGUUGUUGCUGAAACUGUGGAUUUAACCAUUGAGUAAUGAUUUCCCAGUAUAACAGUCUUUAACAGAGUGAAAAAAAGCCUCUGCUAACUAGCUGUACUCAUAACCACAAGAGCUCAAUGAUAAUUGCCCUCGGUGUGUGAAUUGCAGGGAUUUUCUCUGGGUGUAUGCAUGGUGCUGUAAUUGUGGUUUGGUGUGGUUUUGCAGGAGCUGGCUUUAAAGUAGAGGAUAGUUAGUCAAGCCAUGGCAGCACAGAAUUCAAAACACUGCCCAGAAGCUGGAGAACUACAGAGACGUUAAGCUGGAGUAGUUCUCUUGCUGCUGCCUAGCCUGCUAGUGGGAAGAAAACGACCAAAACACCACUACCAAAACAAAACAUGUGCUUGUGUGCCUCUGUGCUCUGUGAUCAUAGAGAACUGCUUCUCUCAUAACUCACUUUCAGUGGAACACGGUCGUAUUUUAUGAUUGUUUUAUGAUGAUUACUCCUCCUGUGACAGCCAUACACUAUUGUGAUCCUCUGCUGAAAUGAGCAGAAGGUUCAGCUGGUAGCAGAGCAGAAGAUCUAUGCUGAGACUUGGAAAAGCUUUCUUUUGUGCCCAAUUGCAAUUUUUCUUUUAAGGAAAAUUUGAUACUUAAUACAGACUUAUGUUAGAAUGAGUUCUAAAUGAUGAGUUACUUAAUCUCACUGACUUCAGCUAUCUUCUGUUCUUCCCAGCUUAUUCCUUUACAACCAGUUCCUAGUCUCAUUUCUACUUUAUGUUUUAUUACAAAAAAAAAUACCUAAGUUUUCAUGUCUAACUUAGAAGUACAGCAGUAGUACAUUAAUGAGACCAGUAAGUCUUUAUCUGCCUAUAUGCUGUUACUUCUGUAAGCAUUUGGCUGGAUUUUCUCAUGUAGAAGUAGUAUCUGGACUGGCUCUAUGAAAAUAAGUUACCACCUGUUGAAGGGAAGUAGCUUUCCUGCUUUCUUCUCCUUCAGUCAGCCAGACAGUAUUUUACUGGCUAGUAAAGAAGUCUUAAAAGCAACUAAAUGGAAGAAAGAAAGCCUACAAUCAUGAGUCAGCAUCCUAGCUUUUGAUUAAAUUAGGAGUAAAUGAGCCAUCACACCAGUGCAGAUUACCCAGACUGGAGUGAUCUGUACUGAUAUCUUUAAUAGUCUGAAGGACUAUACCUGGUUAAAUUCUGCUUGGGUCGCUGUGUCUGUUUAUUGGAGAGAGGUGGGUGCUUAAGCAGUGUCUGAAUUGUCUUCAUUAAAGCUGCUAAAUUGCAUUGAUGAGGGCUCUUUAAAGCCAGCUUGCAGGAAACUCUGAAGCCAAAAUGCCUGGAUGGAAUUCAGGCUCCCUGAGUAUGGCCCUGUAAUCUUAACUGUGCUGCCUUUCAGGGAGGAGAUAGUGAGACUUACUGGUAGAUCAGUGCCUGGAUCAAUCCCUUGAGUUUCCCUGAAGUCAUAUGACUUUCCACCAGCAUAAAAACAAGCCUGAGACGCUAUGAGGGUAUAGCAAGAAGGGGCAAAGGUUGGCAGCUAGCUUGGUAAACAGCAAGGAGAAUAGUGGAGGUGGCAGGAGAUGGGAGAGUUGGAGGAUUUAGAAAGUCAGAUGCUUUGUAAGUCUGUGCUGUAAAGCAGAUUGGUGAAAUGGAUGGAGUUCAAAAAUGGCUUUUGAACAAGCCACCUGAUUUAUAAUGCAGCUCCACAAAGUUGCAGGAGAUGAAGAACUGCAGUGUGACCUCAGGAGCAAACAGUGACGGUGAAGCAUCUUGAAGUUACUUUGCCACUGAAGAUGAGGUCAGACGCUUAAAACAAGACAAUGGAUUGGGGAGCUCUGCAUACCAUUUUGGGAGGUGUAAACAAGCACUCUACCAGCAUUGGGAAGAUAUGGCUCACAGUCUUGUUCAUCUUCCGUAUCAUGAUCCUGGUGGUGGCUGCAGAAAGAGUCUGGGGAGAUGAACAAGAUGACUUUAUCUGCAACACUCUGCAACCUGGUUGCAAGAAUGUUUGCUACGAUCACUUUUUCCCCAUCUCUCACAUCAGACUCUGGGCCCUGCAGCUGAUCUUUGUUUCCACACCUGCGUUGCUGGUGGCCAUGCAUGUAGCUUACAGGAGGCAUGAGAAGAAAAGGCAGUUCAUAAAGGGAAGCCAGAAAUGCGAAUACAAGGACAUUGAAGAAAUAAGAAGACAGAGGUUUCAUAUUGAUGGCUCCUUGUGGUGGACAUACACAAGCAGCAUCUUCUUCAGACUGGUCUUUGAAGCAGUCUUCAUGUAUGCAUUUUAUUUCAUGUACGAUGGGUUCAGAAUGCCUCGCUUAAUGAAGUGUAGUGCUUGGCCCUGCCCCAACACAGUAGACUGCUUUGUUUCUCGACCUACUGAAAAGACGGUGUUUACUAUUUUCAUGAUUGCUGUGUCCAGCAUUUGCAUUCUUUUAAAUGUGGCUGAAUUAUGUUACUUAUUGGCAAAAUUUUUCCUCAGAAGGUCUAAGAAAGCUGGAAAUGCAAAACAUCACCCCAACCAUGAGAAUAAGGAAGAAACCAAACAAAAUGAAAUGAAUGAGUUGAUAUCCGAUAGCUGUCAGAACACAGUUAUAGGGUUUACAAGUAGCUAAGGUGGUGUCAAUGCUGAUGUUCACUCUUUUUGGAGUGACUGUUCUUUGUUUAAAGGCUGCAGAUGAAAUUUGUUACAUGAACCAGUUUAAGUUGGGGGAGGCUUUGAUAUGUAGUGUCAGGUGUCAAUUAUGCACAUGACUGAAAAAAAGUCAAGGCAGCCUAACCAUGUGAAAAUUGCGUUGAGGAUUAAAUAGGAAAGGCUAUUUUCCUAUGAGUACCUUUACACAGCAAGUGGGAAACCCACUAGUACCUUCAUGCUGACACAGCUCCCUGAAAACUACAUGCAACAGCAAUAAGAACAAAAUUCUUUCCGUGCUAGAUAUUCUAGUAUUACAAAAUAUUUUGUAAUAGUAAUAGUUUUUACUUGUGAACUGACAAUUAAAGUAUUUUCUAAUAUAAAAGAUUCCAUGUUACUUAAGGUGUUAUAAUACGCAACUGACUGUUCUGUUUCUUAACCAGGUAUAUGCAGAUGAACCUUGUGAUACCAUAUUCAUAGGGAGGAGACAGCGAUAGACUACAUCCUUACAGCUUUACAAGUGCUGCUUGAGUCUGGACAGGUAGCUUGAGACAUUUUCGUACGUGCUGCUGUAGGGGAAGUUGUGUGAAAGCCUGCCCCAUGUAGUGUGGAUAACCGAGGUAGUAAUGUCCUGAGUGCAAAAUCAUGCCUAAAAACCAGCAUGACAAUAUAGAUACAGCCUAAGUAGACUUGCUUUAAACAUCUAGCAGACCUGGCUAUCUUUUAAUUGCAUACUGCCAGUUUUAUAGCAACAUAAAUAACUUUAUGUAAAUGUUUAUUUCUCUAACGUAUUAGUUGUAUUUGUUUCUUUAUGCUGUAUCACAUCAUGGAACUGUUUUGGUUUUGAUUUGUUUGCUUUUUUUAUUGUGGUAGACUGAUGGUGCUGUUAUAAAACUAGGGGCUUUUUUUGUUUGAAGGACAUGGAAAAGUGUCACUGGAAGAGGAACCAGUCUUCUGAAUAAAAAGCAAACACUUUAAACUUU